ACGGGCAGAAGCGGCUGCCAAUGAGCUUCGCUGAGUAGUAAAGGGGGUAGGGCUAGCCCUUAAAGGAGCCACGACCCGUUAGGAGACCAGAGAAUGAUCCAGAUGAUGGCGGCCGGCGCGGCCCUAGCCUUGGCCCUGUGGCUCCUACUGCCGUCAGUGGGGGUGAGAGGAGCAGGGCCCCCACCGAUCCAGGACGGCGAGUUCACAUUCCUGCUGCCUGCGGGAAGAAAGCAGUGUUUCUACCAGUCUGCGCCGGCUAACGCAAGCCUUGAGACCGAGUACCAGGUGAUCGCAGGUGCUGGGCUGGAUGUGGAUUUCACGCUGGAGAGCCCUCAGGGCGUGCUGUUGGUCAGUGAGUCCCGCAAGGCAGAUGGGGUGCACACGGUAGAACCCACGGAGGCUGGGGACUACAAGCUGUGCUUUGACAACUCCUUCAGCACAAUCUCCGAGAAGUUGGUGUUCUUUGAACUCAUCUUUGACAGCCUGCAGGACGAUGAGGAGGUCGAAGGCUGGGCAGAGGUCGUUGAGCCUGAGGAGAUGCUGGAUGUCAAGAUGGAGGACAUCAAGGAGUCUAUUGAGACCAUGAGGACCCGUCUGGAGCGUAGCAUCCAGAUGCUGACAUUGCUGAGAGCCUUUGAGGCACGUGACCGCAACCUGCAGGAGGGCAACCUGGAACGGGUCAACUUCUGGUCAGCUGUGAAUGUGGCUGUGCUGCUGCUAGUGGCUGUGCUGCAGGUCUGCACACUCAAGCGCUUCUUCCAGGAUAAGCGCCCUGUGCCUACGUAGCCCGUCCAUGAAGAACAGGGGAAAGGAGUGGCAGCAGGGUGCAUGUGUGAGACUUAUGAGGUCCCUUCACUAACAGUUUCCUGUGGGAGGGGAGGCUGUGCACUAUGGGCCUGAGGUGUGGCCCCCUAUGUCUUCCCUUCCAGGCCAGAAUACUUGCUGGCUUGCAGGUCUGGGCCAUGCAGAAGAGGUGGCUCAAUGGCUGUACUCACUUUCCUGGAAAUUGUGCAUGUGGGGGGCAAUGCAGCAUUUGAAUGCAACCCUGGGAUUUUCUGGCCCUGCCUCUUUCCCCUACUAUAAAUGUGCCUUAGCCUGAGCCUUCAGCUGCACCACCACUGCCUGGUGCAG